CCACAACAAGCCAGCUACUGCUUGGCUACCGGGUGGAGGUGAAACUAUGGCUGGUGGCAGCUUGGCUCUGUGCUGUGGCCCAGCGUGGUGCCGUAUCUCUGCAACCGAGGUACCUGGAUCCAGGCCCAACUGGCAUCGCACCAGCAGCUACGUUGCCCACCGCAUUAUCCCACCCGUACCCAUCAUCCCGCACACGGUGCAGUCCACGGUCGCGGACCCUCUACCCCCGGUUGCAAAGCAGGAUUCUCGCAUCUGGGCUUUCGACGAGGUCCUCAGCAGAUGGGAGACAACCUCUGGCUCGGCCUACGUGCCCAAGACCCAUGGCGGGCCCUGCGCCCAGCCCAGAGCCCCAGAGCCUGCAGACCCCACACGGACUGUAGGUAUCAAGGAUUUAGGAGAAAAGCUCAGACGCCGCGGCUGGGGCCUCCCACUGACCACAAAGUACCAGAGCAGCGAGACGAGGGCGCAGUACAGGGGCUCUCCCGACCCGGACGCGCGCGUACCCGAAUACGUCGGGGCCCAGCCCACAACUCGCAGACCACCACCGCGGGGGGCCUUCCCAGGCUCUAAUUCCCUGGACGAAGAACCCCGAGCUGUCUGGCCGGCCUUUCACAGUAUCCGACCGGGGCGUCCUGGACCGCCGCCAGCUCUAUCUGACCACCUCGGCGCGGGACUUUCGGUUCUAUCCCAAGACAGAGCUGUCCGGAUACCCCCGCAAGGACUCCCUGACCUACUGGAGCUUCGAAGAGACGCCCCAGGUCUGGGGCCACGGCCCGCAGCGGCCGCCCUGUCCGCGCUCCUCCCGGCCGCCCCGACCACCGCGGGUCCGCGUGCCACGCGCCAGGAGUCCUACAGCCCCCCGUUGCACCCGCUCCGGGGGCUCGACCGCUUCUGCCCGCUGGAGGCGCCCUGGGGCGGCCCCCACUGGAAGCCCCUGCCGGGCAUCCACAGCGUGCCGAAAGCCUACAGUACAGAGAACUCCAGCUAUGGCAGCUUGAAGCUGACGCUGGUGUGA